AUGGCAUUCCCAAUUGCAGUGGCCCUCCUCGUCUUUCCGGCCAUCGUCGGCCUUCUUUCCCCUUAUGCCACAGCCGACUAUGUUCUUUUCACCGGCGAGGUCCUCAUGGCCGGCCAAAACCUUACAAACGGGCAGUACCGCUUGGCCAUGCAGGCCAACUGUGACCUAAUUCUUUAUGAAGGUGAGAUCCCGAUAUGGGGUGCCAACACCGUGGGUCGAGGCGACGAUUGCUACCUCGGGCUGAAACAAAACGGCGAACUAGUCGUUCGCCGCGGCGUCCAUUAUACCUUAUGGUCAAGCUCCAUCAAGUCCAAAAAAGGGAAGUAUGCUCUCGUGCUCGAUGGCAAUGGGAGGCUCGGCAUCUACGGCCAGAGACGGUGGACAAGCAGCAACCAGAAGGAAGUGGGACUACUCGACGGAUCGACGGUCACGACGGAGUAUGUUUUGUUCUCGGGCGACAGGCUGAUGCCUCCGAGGAAGCUCAAGUAUAAGAAUUAUGAGCUGGAAUUUAUGAGGUGCAAUCUGGUCAUCAAAGAUGACCAAUCUGAGAGGAUUUUGUGGCAGACUAGCACGGAUGCUCGUAGUUGCUAUGCUCGUCUGGAGACUGAUGGGGAGCUGACCGUAAAACACAAAGGCCAACUUCUCUGGGGCAGCAACAGGAAGGGUAGCAAUGGGCCGUAUAUUGCAGUGCUCCGUUUUGAUGGGAGACUUGACGUUUUUGGCCCAUUACGUUGGACUCAUGACGGGCAUCAUGAUUCACUGUCAUCCAAUGCUUCCUUCCCUUCAAAAAUCUAA